UUCCUUAUUGCACAUUCCUUCUUUUCCUUGUUCUCAUCUUAUCGAGAUGAGGUAUCGCGCAUUGUCAUUUGGUAAUGGUUUCUCAUCAGUAACUACGUUCUCGAAGCGCACCAGAAUCUCAUUUGCGGAUUCAAGUUCUUCGACAACGGCUAUAGUAUUUCUGAGGAGAAAUUCUAGCUCUUUCAAGCUUCUUUGCCGAAAACGAACUUAUGAGUUUGUGGAAGGGGUGAAGUUCGACGGCCCGAUGAUCUGUAUGGAUGACAUUGUAAACAAUGGGGAUAUUGAUUUGGUUUUUGAGAAUUGCAUUACGCGAACAUUGUCUCCGGCAUUGACAUUGGAGGAGGGACUUGAAAGAAUUAAGGAGGCUGUGCAAACGUUAAGGUUGGAUCCUCCUUGUUGCUCUAGUGGAUUCCUUAGGUUUCAGGUGGCCGUGCCUCCAGGUCCUAAGGCUUUAAGUUGGUUUUGUUGUCAGCCAGAGUCAUCUGGAGUUUUUCCUCAAAUAUAUCUUUCCAAGAACUCAGACAAUCCAACGUGUAAGUCGCUGCAUGUGAAUGGUCGCCGUGGAGUUUUUGGAAUUGGUGCUGCCGCUGCUUUUACUGGUUAUUCUUCUCUCAACACGGGAACGCAAAGCUUGUUCAAAAGAUAUAUUUCCAGUGAUUCAACCCUGAUAGUGGCUUAUGGCUUUAUGGAUAUUAAUUUCAAUCAAGAUUCAGAUUCCGUGAAUCAUGAAGAUGGUUCUUUUUUCUUCUUUGUCCCCCAGAUUGAGUUGGAUGAGCAGGAUGUGGCUUCCGUUUUGACAUCAACACUUGCAUGGGAUGACUCUUCCCUCUCCACAUUCAAAGAAGCCCUUCACUACCUUGAAAUUUCCCUUAACCAGUUAUCUCGUCAUAUCUGUCCCACUACUGACACAUGGCAGUCCGACUGUACAACAUCUGCACUUAGAAAAUUCAGUUUGGUGGAAAACAGAUCUAUUCCGAGGAGCUGUUUCAAGCUAGUUGGUUUCCAAAUACGUAAAGGAAAGACAUCAGAACUCACCCAAAUGGGUGGAUGUUUCGCCUUUUUCUCCUUGAUCAUUGAAUCUGGGCAUGAUUUAGACGGGUUCUUUGCUUUUAAGACACCUGUUUCUUCAUUAUUUCAAAUUUUAGGAUCCGAUUUUUUCCCUAUUGCUAAUUGUGUUAGGGAUAUUAAGGGUCCUGAAAGGUCAAGACUGGCAAUUGGGUGGUCAGUGGUGCAUAUAUAG